CCUCAUCCAUCUUCUGCACAUCAAGUGAAACAACUGCUGCUGCUGCUCUUCUCUGCUAUGAUCUGAUCCUCCACCAUGUAGCACAUGAGUGCUGACCGCAGAGCUCCAUCCAUGGCACCUCUCUAAACCACGACUCUCUCUCCUCCUCGGGUCCGAUCGUGACGCACACAUCCUCUCCGCUCACCAUGCUGCAGAUCGGGGAUGAGGUGGUGUAUUUCUCGGCGGUGUUUCUGCUGGUGGUGCUGGGAACGAGGAGCGCCACGGCCGCCUCCCUGCUCACCGCGUCCCUGUACGUCUUCAUGGUGAUGUUCCGCUUUCCUCCGGUGCCCGCGGAGCAGGCCGGCCGCGUCCUCCGGCCCAGGGCUCCUUCAGGCGGCGUGCCGGUGGUGGCGCACCGCGGGGGAGGCCACGACGCCCCGGAGAACACACUGGCAGCGAUCAGAGAGGCUAGUAGGAACGGGGCGACCGGAGUGGAGCUGGACCUCAGCUUCACAGCCGAUGGCGUGCCCGUACUGAUGCACGACGAGACUCUGGACCGCACCACCAACGGCUCAGGACCAGUCAGCAAAGUGCAGUUGGUCCAGCUGAGGAGGCUGGAUGCUGCUGCUCGUCACAGGCUGAAGGACAAGUUCAGUGGAGAAAAGGUCCCGACUCUGCAGGAGGCGGUGGAGGAAUGUAUCAGACACCAGCUAACCAUCUUCUUCGACGUCAAAGAUCAACCUGAUAAGGCUGCAUCGGUGCUUCAUGAGAUGUAUAAGAAGUUUCCUGUCCUUUACAAUUCCAGCAUCGUUUCCUCCUUUGAACCCAAGGUCAUCUACAAGAUGCGUCAGACUGACCCCAACGUGGUCACGGCUCUCACGCACCGGCCCUGGAGGCUGAGCCGCUUCGGCGACGGCACGCCUCGCACCCUGUCGACGUGGGGUCAGAUGUGGACGUCAGUUCUGGACGUCUUGUUGGACUGGGCCCACCACCACAUACUGUGGAAGCUCUGCGGAGUCUCUGCCAUCCUCGUGCAGAAAGACUUCGUCUCACUGGACUACGUUCAGUUCUGGGCGGAGCGGGGCGUGGAGGUGGUGGGCUGGACUGUUAACACCGCCGUGGAGAAAGACUUCUACCAAAACCUGCUGAAGAUCAGCUACAUCACCGACAGUCUGCUGGAGGACUGUGACUCUCAUUACUGAAUGACACAUAAGAUGAUAUUUUACGGCUUCUUUAUGAACACGUUAGAGGUUACACUCCAUUAUUAUUACUUCUUUCCCCUGUUCCUUCUCCUUAAGAAUAACAUAACCCACUGAAACAUGUCGAUAAAGUAUCACACAGAGGGAGGCUAGAAAUCUGGUGCUAACUAGCUCUGUAGUCAAACAACUUAAGCUUUGUAGAAUCACAUGUAUGAUUUACUGUAGAGGUAAGAUAACAGCGUUACCUGUAGCUGGCAUACAGGUAAUGUUCCUUAAAGACGCAAACGUAAAUUUCUUUGUCCUUAUCCUACCACCAGCAGCAAUACAUCCAACUCUCCUGGACCAGGGGAUUAGGAUUACGCUACCUUAAAGGUCUUUUCUACCUUCUGUGCUGAUCUUUCAGAGGCUUGGAUGCACCUUUAAAGAGACAUCAGUGUGUAUAGCUGCAACAUUAGGGAAUACCGGCAGCUCUCUCAGUUAUAUUCUAAAACUAGACACGGUGAUGCUUGAUGGUGGAGCGACUUGCCUUCUGUCAUUAAGUGCAAGAAAAUACAGAUUUUGAGAGAUCGUAAGAUCUGAUUGUAUCCUCGAGGGAAAGUGAACGCACCAGUGACCCUGAGUCCAUAUUCUUCUUUAAUACCCUUUCUAUGAAUCAUUGGAGAAUAACUUUUUUGUUCUGUUGCUGCCAGAACUGUAAGAAACCCAAAAUCCACCUAAGAAAUGUUUGACUAGAUACCAGAAAACCUGUAAAGAGUGAUUAUUCAUUUAUCUUUUCAGUUGUAUUUUUCUCCUCACAUACUGUAAUAAAAUAAUGCUGCUCAGAUAAUUUGACUUGUAGAAAGCUAACUUUGAGGAAGAAGUGCUGAUUUUAAUUUCACUAAAUAGUUUUGCCUGCUCAUAUUUAAAGAUAAGUGACUGAAGAGUAUUGAGAUUACCAUUAAGAAACUGUGUCUUAUUUGAAGUUAAAGAAAGUAAGUCAAUAGAGCUUUUUAAGUGGAAAACCCAGAAUUAAUUUAAAAAAUGUGAGUCAUGAGAGUUUUUGUACUGAUUCCAUGAAAGACGCUACCGGUUUAACUGACACCACCUUGAGACGUCCCCACUUUAUCACUUACAUUAAGUCAAUUAUUUUUUCUAUAACAAGUUUUCUGAUAUUUUAUGUUUAAGUAUGGGAAUGAUGUGUUAUCUAGUUGAUACGUUGUGAUACACUUUCACAUAGCAGGCUGCCAAAAGCCUUAAGAUAAUCAGUUUUCACUUUGUUUUUAGGAGUAAAGAUAUUAUCAAUCAGGCUAAGAGUGAUAUGUGAACACACCCCUUGUUAAAAAGCCCUCAGAAUAUAAAUACGAAUAAAACUGGAAAGUUUGGUGUUAGUGAGUGUUUCUGAAGUGAAGAUUCCUGCGUCAGAGUACGAGAAGAAAAACCCAUUUUUCAAAAAUGGCCUUUCAAAUGGAUAUUUGUUGUAAGAUUCCAACCAGUUUGAAGCAAAUUUUUCUGAUAUUUUACAUUAAAUGUGCAAAUGAGUCUGUCUUAUUUGAUAUGAAAUAAUAUGAUACGUUUAUAGAACAGAAAUCUUAACCAACGGCCACACCUGAACAUGCAUUUUGGAUUUCGAGUCAUUAUCGAGUCACAAUAUCAGAUUUUCACACAUAACAGGUUUACAAGAUAUCAGUGUUUAAUUUUUUGAAUAUCAUGGCUAUCGACAAUCUCAGUAUACCGUGGCAUCGCUAAAAGAAAACAUUGUUAUUAAGGCAAAAAAGCUCAAAAUCUUUAAAAGUAACUGGUAUUUUCUGCUGUGCCAUCUCUUUGACACACUCCCGGUUGGUAUAGAGUAAAGCUUGAGUUGCGAUAUAAACACACAUGUGUGUACGUGAUCACGUUGUGCGCCUGGCCUCACCUGUGUGUGCUGUAAACACAGGGACGUUGGGUAGAUAAGGAGCCGCGUGGAGGAGCCGACAAAAGACAGACCCCUGUUGAAUAAACUCACAGUUGAACUCGUCUGGGAGAAUUGUAAUUUGAGUAAUCUCUGUCACAUGAGUGUAGAGAGGGAGGUCAAAUAGGUUGUGAGUUUAUGAGUACACUAAUAAGACGUAAAAAGAUGUACUUUACCAUCAAAUUGGGCAAAAACUAGAUGUAAUGUGUUCUUUAUUAAAAACAAGAAAUUCUAAAUUGUAGCCUAAGUCAACUAAUAAGGUGUGCUGAGACAAAUUUCUUGUCAAAUAAGACAAAAACUAUGAAGAAGAGAGAACAAAACCUUAAUAAUCAGGGUUAACUGGGCAAUUUGUUGCUGUAAAAUAAAGUCAAACAACGUGUUGGUGUCCCUCGUAGUCUCUGGAGUCCUGUGGAGUUUGCAGGUGGACUGCUAGUACGCAGCUUCAUGCUUCCUUGUGACUUUCUUAGAGGUUGAUUAGCGACACAUUACAAUAAAACUCUAGUGCAAAAUGAAGUAAAAACCAUCUUUGCGUCCCAUCUGUUGGGCUCUUUACACCCAAAACACACCUGUUGAGGAAACAUGAAGCUUUGAACAAGCAGCCUCCCUACAAACUCUGCAGAACAUCCAGACUACAUGACUUUUAUUCUAUUCACUCCAGCUUUCUUGUAAUUAGCAACAAACCCCCCUGUAAUAACGUGACAAUAUGUCAAAUGAAGCCCAGAUAAAUAACAUCAUCCUUCCAGCAUUGUUUGUCUCUACGUUUGUCAAAUUACAGCCUGUGUGUUGGUGAUAAGCGUCUCAUUAAUACAUUUUGGAUGAUUUGACAUUGAUUUUGAUUUCUGCUCGGAUGAUCUUGUGAAAUCGUGUGAGAUGUUUUAUUAGGACAUCCUUUUUAGGUACAAAUUAGAGUAUAAUUUAGUAUAAAAGUGUCUAAGUGUAGUAUAUUUUAUCUCUAAUGAGGCAUUAUGCCAUUUCUAAUUACAGCAUGGUUUAGAUGGAUGGUUUGUUAACUCUUAUUUCUAGUUAUUUUCUGCCUGUUUUCAUGUACAUUUCUUUCUUUCUUGGAGGUUGAUCGGCGACAGAUGGAUCUGGUGUGACGCUGCAUUUGAUUUCUUAUUGCAUGAGCCUGUAAAACAGUGUGUCAUAGUGUAUUCGGAUGUCCUAUUAGGUUUCUAAUGAGGGAAUAUUAGUGUUUAAGUACAGUAUAUUUCAGCGCUAAUGAGAUGUUAAAUGCUGUUUCUAAUUACAGCAUGUGAUUUAGGUGGGUGGUUCAACAGUUUGUUUACUCUUAUUUCUAGUUUUUUGUCCUUUUUUUCAUAUAAAAUUCAGCUUGUUACAGUUUAUUUGUUCACUUAUGGCACAAUUUUGUUUUUUAAUGUCUCAAAACAACAUAUCAUCUCAAUUUCUUGCCUAAU